AUGAAAACUGUUAAGUCCAUAGUGGAGCGCGCUACGGGCUUUGUGGGAAAGGCGCUGCUGGAGAAGCUGCUCUGGAGUUUUCCACAAAUCACACGCAUUUUCAUGCUAAUCCGUCCCAAAGGCGGCGCCACAGCGGAGCAGCGCUUCCAUAGCUUUCUGCAGAACAAUAUCUUUGAACGCUUGCGCUGCAAUUAUCCGGAGCGUCUUGAGAAAAUCUGCUACUUUGCUGGCAACAUUGAGGAUGAUAACUUUGGUUUAAAUGAGUGCGACAGACGCAAGCUGUGCGCCCAGGUUAAUAUUAUUUUCCACAGUGCGGCAACAGUGAGAUUUAAUGAGUGUCUGAAGGUGGCAGCACGCGUUAACUCAAUGGCCACCUACAAUCUUCUAGAGCUGUGCACGCAAAUGAAGCAGCUGAAGCGAUUUCUUUAUGUGUCCACUGCUUAUUGCAAUCCGGGACGCAAGUAUGUGGAUGAGCUAGUCUAUCCCACGCUGCCGCCUGUGGACUGGCGACAGUUUCUUGCUUGCACACAAAAAAUACCCGAGGAGUAUCUGAAUCGUGUGGCAAACUAUAUUAAGGGUCCGCAUGUUAAUACCUACACCUUUACCAAGUCCAUAGCUGAGCAGAUUGUCAACUCGUACAAGCAUUUGAUACCCAUUGUCAUAGUACGUCCAUCAAUAGUGACCGCUGCCUAUUGCGAGCCGUAUCCGGGUUGGAUUGACAACAUACAGGCCAUUAGCGGCAUUAUGAUGGAGAUUGGCAAGGGCGGCAUUAGCAGCAUACUGGGCGACAAGUCGCUCAUCUGCGACAUUAUUCCAGUGGACUUUGUAGUCAAUGCCAUGAUUAUGAUGGUGCAUAAAGCGCAGCUGGGCAGCAUUAGCAUUUGCAAUGCCACAUCGGGUGUUACGAAUCCCAUUAGCUGGCAGCGUCUGGGCGAUCUGACAAUGAAGUGGUCACGCAUUUAUCCCACCAAGCGCAUGAUUAUGUUUCCCAAUUUCAAGUAUCGACGCAGCGCGCUGCGGCAUGAGCUGGCGGUGUGGGUGCUGCACUUUGUGCCUGCUCUGUUUAUGGACUUGCGCACGCUGCUGUUCAGACAGAAGCGUCGCUUUGUUACGCCCAUUGCUAAGAAGUUUCGACAGGCUUGCCUGGCUGGCAGCUUCUUCUCACUCAACGAGUGGAUCUUUAAGAAUCGCAGUCGUUACUACUUUAAGGAACUCAUCGACAACGGCACCUUUCCCACGCUCUACUGGAAUCUCGAGCAGCUUGACUAUGAUGACUACGUGCGGCGUCAUAUGAUUGGCAUUAACAAAUAUUUGCAUCGCGAGCAGUUCACUGUAGAUGCCAACAAAAUGCACGUUACCAGAAUCUAUUGGCUUUGGAUAUUUGCGCAUCUGUGCUUCUAUAUGCUGUUAGUCUAUGUGUUGUUGUAAACGCAACAAACAUUAAAUGUUGGCU